GCUAUGUGGCUCUUUCUGCCUGUCCUGGUAGCUGUCCUUUUCCUCCUUCGCCGUUGGUACCUGGAAAGACAAAUGGUGGAGAACCUGACGGAAAAAUAUGUCUUCAUCACAGGCUGUGAUUCUGGCUUUGGGAACCAGCUGGCCAGGCAGCUGGAUGCUCAGGGUCUGCAGGUGUUGGCCUCUUGUCUCACUUCAGAAGCGGCAGAACAGCUGGAAAAGGUCACAUCGGACCGGUUAAAAACCACUCUGCUGGAUGUCACCAAUACUGAGAAUGUUGCAGCAGCAACUGAGUGGGUGAAAACCUGCGUGGGGAAAAAAGGACUUUGGGGGUUAGUAAACAACGCAGGCAUUGGUUAUCCAGUUGGUCCCAAUGAGUGCCUGAGGAAGGAGGACUUCGCCAAAGUGCUGGAAGUGAACUUACUUGGGCUGAUUAACAUGACACUUCACAUGCUACCCCUGGUGAGGAGAGCCAGAGGGAGAGUGAUCAACUUGUCUAGUGUGGUGGGAAGACUGGCAAUCUCCGGAGGUGGGUAUUGCCUCUCCAAGUUUGCUGUGGAAGCCUUCUCAGACUCUCUGAGGUAA